GCUGCGCUCAACCUGCUCGCACCUCAGCUUCUGUUCUGGGCGGCGCUCUGAGCCCGCGCUCCUCCUCGCCCUGGAGCCUCGGACCAAGGAGGUGGCCGUUAGAACUCAGGCUGCGGGCUUGCCUCUGGCGGCGACGCCCGGCGCUACCCACACGCGAGAAUCCUUGAGGAACCAAGGGGACCCCCUGGGGCACCCCUCCGAAGCUCCUCCACCCUGCGCGGUUCCUCGGACUCAGAUACUCCAAGCCAGGGCCGAGGGAGAGGCUUCCAGGUCCCGCGCCUAGGAGGCCCUGGUGUGACACGAAUUCCUUCCAGUACCCCAGGAAACUGACGACCCCCACAAGAUGCCCGCGUCCGUUGUGUGGGACCGAUGCGGCCGGACGGUAGGGGGCGGAAAGGGCGCAUUCGUGCGUUUUGAGCGCCCGCUGUGUGCCGGACAUGGCACUGGCCCUGGGAUUUGGCCGUCAACGAGGCAGACGUGGCCCUGGCCUCAGGAUCCCGCGGGGAGACAGCACUCCCUGCUUAUGUAGGCGCACCUGUGUAAAAGCUCCCUGAGACCAGGGCUCUAGGGAUCUAGCCUGGUCUGGGGGUCAGGGAGGGGGAAGAUGGGAAGGGAGGGUCCUCUGACAGAGGGAGCAGCAUGUGUUGUGCGUGUGUGUGUGUUGGGGGCCAGCGUGGAAAGCAGACGAUCAGAAGGGAGCAGGGUGGAUGCCCCACGCUGUGGACAGACUCUCAGAGCCGAGCCAGGACAGGGUGAGCAUUAUAGGGACAAGUGUGACCAAUGUGUGGGGAAGGCCAUUUUACAGCCAGGACUUCCUAGGGCAUCUGGAUCUGCCCUGAUAGGGAAUGAGCUCCCCGUCCCUGAGAGUGUCUAAGCAGAUCCAGGGACUCAGGAUCCUGUGCUGCUGAGCUGCUGGCCCCAGAAGCAAAGCUAGAAAAGCAAAGAACUCAGCCCCUGCCCCUCGUGGUGACCGGAGGCAUGCGAGGCCACCCAGCCCCAGCAUGGGACGGUGGCGUGGGGCUGCCCCAGGAGCUCCUCCUUUGAGAAGGUGGUCAAGAACCCUCCAACAGAACCCAGGCCCAGUGUGGACAGGACUGGAGCCUGGCUGCUUCUCAGUCCAACUGCUGCCGGAUGCGUCUUCGGAGCUGACCGGACCCGCAGCGAUGGCUCAGGAGCUCCUCACACCCACCCUUCCAGGACUCCAGAGCGGACCUAAGGAGCCGGCCUCCCAGGUCACAGCAGACGCUGUCGUUUGAGAGCCCUGAGGGCCGGCUGGGAGAGCUGGCCGGGCCUUCUCUCCCCGGCCUCGCAGAAAAGAGAGACAGGACACCGAGUGUGUGCGACAGCCCACUGGCCCGGCGUCCGCGUGCCUAAGGCAAGACACUUUAAAUCCACUGCUGAGUCAUUUACCUCUACCCCGACUCCGCCCACUCCAUCCUGGACUCUAUUUACUCCCAUUUCUAAAGGGACAAAGGGUGGGAAUGCUUGGGAAUGAACUUGAGGUCAUCAGGAUCUUUGGGGGUGAGGGUGAAUGUUGGGGGGAGGGGUAAUGAGGUUACAGGCUGGGACUGAAAAGGUGUAUUAGGGCCAGACUGUGAUGCGCCCUGAAUCCGCUGCAUACGCAUUGGGGCUGUCGCCCUGCGGAAAGAGGGAGUCCCUGGAAGUUCUGGAGCAGAGGAGGGUCCGUUUCCACCAGUCUCCAAGCAGCACCGCUGGGGACCGGCUGUGUCCAUUUUUCUUGCAAAGUCCCGCAGGCUGGGCCGGGGAAGUGCUGGAGCCUUUGACUCUGCUCAGAUCAGGAGCCAAAUCUCAGGGGCCAGUCCGAGUCCUCAAGGACCCGGGAGAGACGCGAGGAGCUUGAGCUCUGGGCGAGGGGGAGGCGCUGCGGACGACCCCGGACGCUCCUGCGCCUGCAGCGCGGAGCGCGCCCGCCAGAUGCCGCUGUGGCGCUCGGCGCGCGGCCCUGUGCCCAGCCCGCCCCGGGGAACGCGAGGGCGGUGCCGGCGGUGGUGGCGGGACGCACCACUGCGGGCGCGGGGGGCGCCGGUGGUGGGGAGCGGGACUCCAGCCUGGGGCGCCAGCGGCCUCGGCGCGUCCGCCCCUCAGCCGGCCUAGCGAGGUGGUUCGCUCCGGCCGCACGGCGCUCGCCGGUUCCCAAGCAGGCGGGCUGGGCGCCGGCAGCAGCGCAGCGCGGACCGGCUGGCACCGGCGCCGCGGGCUCUGCCGCCGCGAUGCUGGGGCUGCUCGUGGCGUUGCUGGCCCUGGCGCUCGCCUACUUCGCGCUGCUGGACGGCUGGUACCUGGUACGCGUGCCGUGCGCCGUGCUGCGCGCGCGCCUGCUGCAGCCGCGCGUCCGCGAUCUGCUGGCCGAGCAGCGCUACGCGGGCCGCGUGCUGCCCUCGGACUUGGACUUGCUGCUGCACAUGAACAACGCGCGCUACCUGCGCGAGGCCGACGUGGCGCGCGCCGCGCAUCUGGCCCGCUGCGGCGUGCUCGGGGCGCUGCGCGCGCUCGGGGCGCGCGCGGUGCUGGCCGCCUCGUGCGCGCGUUACCGCCGCUCGCUGCACUUGCUGGAGGCUUUCGAGGUGCGCACCCGACUGUUGGGCUGGGACGACCGCGCCUUCUACCUGGAGGCGCGUUUCAUCAGCCUGCGUGACGGCUUCGUGUGCGCGCUGCUGCGCUCCCGCCAGCACGUGUUAGGCACCUCGCCGGAGCGUGUCGUGCAGCACUUGUGCAAGCGCAAGGUGGAGUCCCCAGAACUGCCGGAAGACCUCCAGCACUGGAUCGCCUACAACGAGGCCAGCAGCCAGCUGCUCCGGGCUGAGAGUGGGCUCAGCGAUGUGGUCAAGGACCAGUGACCACCUCACACUGACCGCCAGCUUCCACCUGAGGGCGGUUGCCCAGCCAUCCCCGCCUGCCAGGAGGCAGAGAGUGCAGAUCAGGCUGGCCGGGCUGGGCUCUCUCUGAGCUGGAGUGGACUUGUGACCAGCCCAGCCCCCUUCACCCACUUGGCUCCCUCCCGCCACCCCCAUUAUUGAUGCCCCUCGGUGCCUCACCCCAUGCUGGGCACAGGACAGGGCGACCCAGGUGUUCCGACCUAGCUCUGCCCUCAGAGUGGAAUCGAUGGGCAAAGUGGGAGGCCCAGGGCCCUUGGUGUGUGAACUGUGGGUGAGGUGCCCCGGCCCCACCCUGAGGUGAAGCCAGGGUUCCCUGGACCCACGUCUGGAGAGUGCUUGGAGCGGAGGAACCAGCUAGAGCCCCCUGGAGCCUCAGAGCCCAGAGUCCGAGCUGGUGUGGGGCGCCCGGCAGGUGUGAGGCCAGAGCUGUGCUGGGCGCAGGGCUGGGGCCUGAGUCAGGCCCGCGAGGAGCUGUGAAGGGUCAAAGCAGCACUUCAAGGCAGAUCCCUCUGGCUGUGGGCGAGGGCAGGGUGGGCCCAGGGCGGAGUCUGGGGGGUCAGGGGCCAGGCCGAAUGACCAAAGGGCCCUCAGGAGGGAGGCCUGGCCUCCUGAGCUCCCCAGGAGCAGGGGUGGGAGGGGGCAGGGCCUGCAGCUGAGACUUGCAGCCAGAGAGUGUGUCAGGACCAGGGUAGGCCGGACAGCGCAGGGGCUUCUGUGGAGCUGGUGAGCUUCCUGUCGCUGGGGUGUCCUAAUCGGAGCAGGGAGUGGGAUUCUGCUUGGGCCCCCUCUAUACCCUGCCCUCGCCUGUCUGCACCCCAUAGGGUCUCACUGUGUGACUAUGGAUGGGGUCCAGCCAUCUCUGCAGCUCCAGCACCUCAGUCGUCAGUGGUCCCACUGGGGCUGUCCUUGCCUGACCCCCUGCCCUGCUGUCGAUUUUUUCCUUCCUCUCCCAAAGGAGGCCUGUCCUGGCAGCGGCUCUCGGGGCUCCCUGAUGGGGUCACCAGGCUGCGGGGACACCAGCCGUGGCCACCCGCUCCUGCCUAAUCCCUCGCCUUCCAGCUGGGGAAAGGGAGGCCUGGAGAGAAGCAGGGACUGGUCUGGGGCCUCUGAGAGUGCCGAGGGCAGAGCAGGGGCAUGCCCUGGCCCAGGACUCUGCCACCAGCCUAGCUCCCUGGGGACACUGGGGUCAGGGCCCUGGGUGUGGGGUUGCUGCCUGCCCAUGUGUGCGGCUGCUCUGGGCAGGGUGCCCACCUGCCUGUGCCCCUGCCGCCCAUGGGGCAGGCCAGAGCAGCUGGAGCCCAGAACCACUUCCUUGCUGCCCUGUCCAGGAACCCCACCGCCGGCUGGAGCCGGGAGCACAGCCACACCCCGAUUUCUCACCUGCCCCUCCACGCUGUCACCUGCCUUAUAGCCGCCAUGGGAAAGCUGCAAUGUUUCUGUUUUGUUUAAAGAAAGCCCAGGAUUAAAGGGUCUUCCAUGAGA